AGGGGGAAUCUCGCGAUCGUUGAAGUUUUCGGAGAGUUUAUGGAAGAUGGCGCCUGUUGUGACAGGGAAAUUUGGGGAGUUACCUCAGCCAAAACGUCUUACGAGGGAAGCAAUGCGCAAUUAUUUGAAGGAGCGGGGGGAUCAGACGGUGCUCAUAUUGCAUGCUAAAGUUGCACAGAAAUCAUAUGGAAACGAAAAAAGGUUCUUCUGCCCGCCUCCAUGUGUGUACUUGAUGGGUUGUGGCUGGAAGAAGAAGAAGGAGCUGAUGGAGAGAGAGGGCUGCUCAGAGCAGGAGUCCCAGCCUUGUGCCUUUAUUGGCAUCGGCAACAGUGAGCAGGAGAUGCAGCAACUCAACUUAGAGGGGAAGAACUUUUGUACUGCAAAGACUCUGUAUAUAUCGGAUUCUGAUAAGAGGAAACACUUUAUGCUUUCGGUGAAAAUGUUCUAUGGGAACAGCGCGGAUAUCGGGGUCUUCCUCAGCAAGAGAAUCAAGGUCAUCUCCAAACCCUCAAAAAAGAAGCAGUCCCUGAAGAACGCAGACUUGUGCAUUGCGUCUGGGACCAAAGUGGCGCUGUUCAACCGCCUUCGCUCUCAAACAGUCAGCACGCGCUACCUGCAUGUGGAGGGAGGCAACUUCCAUGCCAGCUCACAGCAGUGGGGAGCCUUCUACAUCCACCUCUUGGAUGAUGAAGAAUCCGAGGGGGAGGAGUUCACCGUGAGGGAUGGUUACAUCCACUAUGGUCAGACAGUGAAGCUUGUGUGCUCAGUCACUGGCAUGGCUUUACCGCGACUGGUUAUCCGUAAAGUGGACAAACAGACGGCCCUGAUGGACGCAGAUGACCCAGUGUCGCAGCUGCAUAAGUGUGCUUUCUACCUGAAAGAUACCGAGAGGAUGUACCUGUGUCUUUCCCAGGAGCGCAUCAUUCAGUUCCAGGCAACCCCUUGCCCCAAAGAGACAAACAAAGAAAUGAUCAACGAUGGAGCAUCAUGGACAAUCAUCAGCACAGACAAAGCAGAGUACACCUUCUAUGAAGGCAUGGGUCCCGUGCCCACAUCAGUAACCCCGGUGCCUGUGGUGGAAAGCCUACAGCUGAAUGGUGGCGGAGAUGUUGCCAUGCUAGAGCUGACUGGUCAGAACUUUACCCCACACCUACGUGUGUGGUUUGGGGACGUUGAGGCUGACACCAUGUACAGGUGUGGUGAGAGUGUCCUUUGCGUAGUGCCUGACAUCUCUGCUUUCCGUGAGGGCUGGCGGUGGGUGCGGCAGCCGGUGCAGGUGCCUGUGACGCUGGUCCGCAACGACGGCAUCAUCUAUUCCACGGCUCUGACCUUCACCUACACGCCUGAGCCGGGCCCCCGGCCCCACUGCGGCGCCGCCGGGGCCAUCCUGAGGACCUCGUCUUCCUCACCCUCCUCUUCCUCUUCAUCAUCUUCCUCAUCCACAGCAGGCCUUAUGCUGCCCUCCAGUACAGACAGCCAGGCAGGCUUCAGCACGGGCAGUGUCUCCUCGUCCUCCUCCGCUAUGUCUGUGUCCUAACGCUUGCGCAGGAGAGGUGUGUGUGUGUGUGUGUGUGUGUGUGUGUGUAAACGUGUGUGCGUGCUAGUGGGAGAGGCAAAACUGAAAAAAACUGAAAGCUUUCAGCCUCCACCUCAAACGGUUUCAUCACAUAAGGCCUUAAGACAUACCUACUUGAUGCUGAGAGCGCUAAACAGACUGUGUUUCUAGUCGGAGACCUGAAAAUGGUGAUGCAAGAGGUGCCCUGAGAACUGUUAUUGAGAAACAGAUUUUUAUGGACCAAGCAAUACUAUUGUUAUUAUUGUUGUUAUUUUUAUUGAUAUUAUAUAUUUUAUAAGCUUUAGCUAAGGUACAUGUUCAUCCAUCCUUUGUUUUUUAUAACCAGUAGUAAUACUUUGUUACCAAUUUUUUUUAUUUUUGCAUUUUAUAAGAUCUGUCGGGACCUUGACCUCAGAAGGCUUCAUAGUAGAAUGGAACAUUGGUUUCAGCUGCCUUCAUUUGUCUAGGUGAGACUGCCCAGUCCCCUUGGCCUUUUUGUCAGAUCUUUUUUUUUUUUUUUUUUUUCAAAACAUUUAUUUUUACAGUGUGUAAAUGUUUUUUCACUGGUUUUGAUUGAAACCGGGAUGUUCUUAACCUGCAUUAAGGAUGUGAGGGCCCGUGGUUCCUGUCCUGUGUGUUUGAAAACAUGAAGUCUCGACACAUGAAAGCUUUAACAGUUGCUGCAGAUCCUUGGGCAGACAAACGAUUGAUUUGUGAAACACAAACUGUUGGCUUCUUGACCACAUCCAGUCUGUUAUAUCACGUGUGCCUUUUAGGACUGUUAUGGCGGGAAGUCAAGACUUAAAUGAUAUAUACAGGUGUCAGUAGGUCAUAGGUGUCGGUUAAGACGUUAAGCUUUAUGACUCAAAUCAACCACUACGUCCAGUAUAUAUACAACUCAUUUCUACCCCAGGGGUAGUGUAUUCAUAUUGGGGUGUACACUACAAUUUGUGCCCUAUCAAACAUACAGUAAGUGACCCUAUCAAAUGUAUUGUGUGCUUUCUGAAGAGGUGUGCACUUAUUUGACUGCCUUUGUUCAAAAUGCCCUUGUUAUGACUUCCUCGGCAGUGCACAUAAUGUAUGGAGAAGAAACCUUGUUGACAGGAUAGUUCCUUACAUUUUGUAUUCCAUGUUUUUGACCAGUUCUGGUACUGGUAUCCUUACACUUAUACAAAUAUGCCAGUAUGCUGUGUUCAUGUAUGCUCAUUCUACAGGUCAAAUUUUAAGUGUCAGUAUUUUUCUUCCAAAGGGCUCACCCUAUGUUGUUCUAUCUGUGUGAUAUGCACAUAUCUGAAAUGUCUCUAUUGGAUAUUUCCCCAGGAGGCCUGUAUCAAAAAUAUAUUGUAGGUCUUAAGAGUUACUUUAGGUGUUGUGUGCCUAGAUGGGUGGAAAAUUAAUUUUCUUAACCAGUAUCAGUUUUGUUAUCAAAUCAUGUAUUGUAUUGAUGCUCACAGUUCCCUGUUGAAUCAGAAGAUUUGGUCCACAUGUUCUACUCAUAACGCAUAAAUCGGGACCCCCCCCCCCCCCCCCCCCCCCUCCCCACAAGAUGCCUAUGUGACUAUAGCAUUGGUGCCUCUCUCCUUGCCUCCUGUGGUUGUAUGUCUUGGACUGUAACCUCAGUGCCCAAUCGUGAGCAAUUCACUGUCUUGAUUCUGGGACAUAUUUCUUACAUUUCCCACAUGAAAUAAUACAAAAAAAAAACUGAAAUGUACAUAACAAGUACAAAUCAUCACCUUCAACAAAAGAAAGAAAACGUGUCUUGGGCAGCCAUUACAGUUCAUAGUGCCUUGGACUGACGAGGCUUUGCCAAAUUCUUGUGAGGCCUGGAGGUGACCCUCAGACAGCUGCGGGGUGCUGGCGUAUUUUUGCCUUUUUCAACAAUAAUAAUGGUGCUUUUUGAAGAUGUAAAAGGGCAAGUCUGUCACUAUGGGAAUGGAUCACUAAAUACUGUAAAAACAAGAAAAAUGUGAGAAAUACUGCUUUGUGUGUGCUUUCUUAAAUGUGAUUGAUUGAAAUGUUUAUUGCCCCCUGGCGUAGUGUAUCAGUAGAUGUUACUUAAGAUUGUUACCAUCUCUGACAUUAAUGG